AUGUCUAUUGUUCCCUACGAUCACACCCAGGAGAUUGUUUUCCAUGAUCCCAAAAACAGAAUCCUAGUACUCCACGACAACCAAGACAACUCUAUCCAGCUUCUCACAUCCUCCCAAGCCGAAAACGAAUACCCCUUAACGCUAUACAAACCCGUGGGCCGCAAUGGCUCCUAUCCUAAUAUGUGUCCCCAUUGUGGGUCUCUACUAGGGGAGUUUCAGAAUCCACCAGGAAAUGCCAGAAGAAAUAGUGCCGAUAUAUUACGAGACGAAAGUCUAGUGAUGAAUCCCCAUGAUGUGGUUCCUGCUGGAUUCAUGCAUGAUGACUACUUCAAGAUGCUUUCGAAGCUUUCGUACGGUCAUGUUCUCGGAGACACGGGCUCCUCGGACCUUCCGGAAGACAUCUUCAACCAGGGCUACUUUGACCGGUUUUUCCAGAAGAUUCCACCGUACGUCUUGGGUAGUGGUGCCCAUGCCCAGGUUUACAAAGUGAUGCACGUGUUGAAAGACGUCCAAUUAGGCGUUUAUGCCGUGAAGAGAAUUAACGUGGGGGACCACCUGGUUUACGUGGAUCAGGUGCUCAAUGAAGUGCUCAUAUUGUACGAAUUGUCCGUGAAAGGCGCCAACGAAAACAACUUGAUCAGGUACAAUCAUGUGUGGAUGGAGCUUGGCGAUUUGAAAGAUCUGGAGACGUUCUACUUGUCCGAUAAAGAAGGGUACCGUCAGAAAGGCGGGAAAGUGCCAUAUGUGUUUAUUCUCCAGCAGUACUGUGGAGGAGGGCACUUGGAAAACCUCAUUAUCAAGAACUUCCAAAGAGAACAGCACAUGACAGCCAAGGAGAAGGUCGAGGCUGAAAGACAGCGGAGACGGAGACGCCAUUCUGCAGAACAGGUGACUCCCACAACCACUACCAAAAAGUGGCUCAAUGAGUUCGAAGUGUGGAAGUAUUUCAGAGACAUCGCCAAGGGCGUCCACUACUUGCACUCACACGGCAUUCUCCAUAGAGACUUGAAACCUUCGAACUGUCUUCUAGAGCUGAGUUACGACCCAGACGCAUGCAUCCAGACCGUUUUUGCCAGUCUUCCUGAACUCGACGAGUACGUUGCAGCGAUGCCAAAAGUUCUUGUUUCAGAUUUCGGCGAGGGCAAGUUCAUCGAUAAGCAGUUUUUGGCUGACCAGUCGAUCCGAAUCGAGGAUGAUCUCAGCGAGCUGCGGGGCAACACCGGCACAAUUGAGUUCACGGAUCCACGGCUCUGGACCUAUGCCAAAUCAUCCUUGAAAGCACGCCGUGGCCUGAAGUUGGCCAAUAGCUUCAGCUACAAUAGUGAUAUCUACUCCCUCGGAAUGAUUCUUUGUUAUUUGUGCACUGGAGCCAUUCCAUUCACUGAGAAGCUUAGGGACCCUACAGACCCCGAGCAGAUCAGAAAGGAUAUCUCGAAGUGGUACCAGAACCUUACGCCUGAUUCGUUCCAUGCCUGGUUUUCAGACCGAGUUUCCAGUACCAUGAGCGUUUCAGAAGCGACCGAGGACUUUGAAAUUCUCAUCUACAUGGCACUCAAGGGAGGCGAAGAGCCCUUGGAAGUCACCUCCAGAACCAUCCUCGACUACUUGGACUCGAUGAAAUGGAAGCACUUCUUGUUCAGAAACAGAAAGGUGUCCGAGGUGACCCGUGACGACGUUUCUUUGGACGAGGAAAAUGUUGUGGACCUCCAAAAAGAGCUCAAACCGGUUCAAGUGCUUCCACCUCCCAGUUUUGUGAAACCUGUAGCGUUCAAUCUUGCCCAAAUUCUCCUUUCUGAGUAUCUGCACGAUUAUGUCAAGCUCAGCCGAAGCGUGAAGCUCAUCAAUCUUUUGUGCCUUGCAAUGGUGGCACUUGACAUUGACCCAAAAAUAUACUGGCCGUCAUUUUACGCCUGUGUGGGUGUUUCUUUGGUGUGCAAUGUUGGAUAUUUUGCAGCCAAAUUGAUGUGA